ACGCGGGUAGGGUUUAUUUACAUAUGGCGAAGGAGACGAGUUGGAAAGGGUGUCCUCUGUAAUUCAUUGAGGAAAACCAUGUCUUUCUCUUUACUAUCGAGACAUUUACAUCGCUCAGUGUCACAAUGUUGGCAGAGAGUACCGGCAGCUGCAGGGACAUUGGAUCCGUUGGUGGCACGGUUACUCAAGGGUCUUCAUGCAGGUCAACGAGCAAGUUUGGCAGAGUCUAUUACACUAGUUGAAACAUCUCAUCCAAAGAAGAAACUACAAGCCAGACAGCUAUUGAGUGCAGUAUUGCAGGAGGCCACGGAGACUCAGUACCGAAAAGGCACAAAGGCCCUAAGCUUUCGCCUUGGUUUGUCAGGUCCCCCAGGAGCAGGGAAGUCCACUUUCAUAGAGACCCUUGGAAAGUUCUUAACUGCUCGUGGACACAAAGUAGCAGUACUAGCAGUUGAUCCCUCAUCGGUCACCACAGGAGGCUCCCUUUUAGGUGAUAAAACAAGGAUGCACGAACUUUCCCGAGAUAUGAAUGCUUAUAUUAGACCCUCACCCUCCCGAGGUCACUUAGGGGGUGUCACAAGGUCAACCAAUGAGGCUAUUGUCCUUUGCGAAGCUGCAGGAUUUGAUAUAGUGAUUGUAGAAACCAUUGGUGUUGGUCAGAGUGAAUUUUCUGUUGUAGAUAUGGUUGAUCUUUUUACUCUUCUCAUCCCUCCUGGAGGUGGAGAUGAGUUACAAGGUCUAAAAAGAGGUAUUAUGGAAAUGAGUGACCUCAUAGUAGUCAACAAAAGUGAUGGGGACCUUGUGCCUGCUGCAAGGCGUAUGCAGUACGAGUACAUAUCUGCCUUGAAGUUUAUAAGGCCCAAGAACAUAUACUGGAAAACCCCAGUGAAGCGAAUAUCCUCACAGACAGGCGAAGGGGUUCCAGAAUUGUGGGAUCUUAUGCAAAAAUAUCGCAUAACCAUGGAGGAAAGCGGCGAAUACUUAAGGCGUAGGCAGGAUCAAAGACGGGCUUGGCUGUGGACCCAUCUCAAGGAUAACUUGAUCCAUGUGUUUUUGAACUCCCCUGGAAUGAAACGGAGUGUAGAAGAAAUUGAAAGGGAAGUUGUCGUAGGUGCAGUGUCCCCAGGAGAUGCAGCUGAUUAUCUUCUUCAAGAACAUAUUGAUUUGCUGAAACAUGAUGACAGAAAACUUUUGUAGAGAGGAUUUAUUAUUUGACUUUGUAUAUAAUGUUCAUAAUUAAGGGUAUCACACUUGUUCAUUAAUGUGAGUUGCAACUCAAAAUACACAUCUGAAGAAGUGACGACCUUAGAAUUUGAUUUUUUUUUUUUUUUUUUUUUUUUUUUUUUUUUUUUUUUUAGGACGUGAUUAUUAAGUGGAUUGUAUUUUUGGUUUCAAACGGGUCAAUGAAAAAAGAAAGGAUAUCCUUUUUAUCUCUCUUUUUUCAAUAGUAUAUUUGAUAUCUUUAUAUAGAUAGGCUGUCUACUACUAAAGGACUUGUGUGUUGGUUUAUAUAUAGUUGUAUGAAUAAUACUUGAUUGUCAGUUGAUGAUAUAUUCUAUUUGUAUAUUUUUAUGUGGAUUCCUUCAAUUGCCUUUGUAUAGAUGUAGCAAAGAUGUUUGUUGUAUCAUAUAUGUAGCUCUUUGUGAUGAGUAUAGUAAAUAAAAGAAAUAUU